ACAAGCACAAUAAAAAGCAACCCUCUUUUUCUUCCCCUCAAACCAAAGCCUUGUUUUUCACCCUUUUCCAAUUUUCCAUCCCAUAGUUUUAGACCUUAGAGUCCUAAUUUUUCCAAUCUCCAUUCCAAACCAAAUCCCCAACCUUUUCCUCUCUUACUUUUGCAGGUUAGAUGUUUGAUUAAAGUUCCAAACCAAAAAGACAGAAAAAACACACCCCCAUCAAUGGAAAUCACUUCAAGGCUUCAUCAUCAUCAAGAUCAUAGGGAGAAUAAUCAUAAUCAUAGUCAUAAUCAUAAUCACCCAUCUCCUAUGAACUCACCAAGAAGCAAUGUCAGCAACUGCAUAAGCAGCAGCAACAGCAACAACAACAACAAUGGCAUCCAAAUCCCAACACCACCAUUAACACCAAAAACAAUUAUCCCCAGAUCUGACACAAACCCUUAUCCAACAACUUUUGUUCAAGCUGACACCACAAACUUCAAGCAAGUGGUUCAGAUGCUAACAGGUUCAUCAGAAACAACAACAAGAACAACAACAGCACCACCACCACCAUCACCAUCAUCAUCAGCAGCAAAGCAACAGCUUCAAGAUCCAUUGUUGCCCCCAUCUUCAUCAAGGAACUUCAACAUCCCUCCAAUCAAGACAGGACCAAACAAGAAGCAGCAACAAGGGUUCAAGCUCUAUGAGAGGAGGAACAGCAGCCUCAAGAACAGCCUCAUGAUCAAUACCCUCAUGCCAAAUUUUGCACUUGCACACCAUAACAAUUCUCCAGGAUUCUCACCCAGGAACAAGCCUGAGAUCCUCUCACCAAGCUUGCUUGAUUUCCCUUCCCUUGCUCUUAGCCCUGUCACACCAUUGAAUGAUGAUGACCCUUUUGACAAGUCCUCACCUUCACUUGGAAAUUCAUCAGAGGAAGAAAAAGCCAUAGCUGAAAAGGGUUUCUAUUUGCAUCCUUCUCCCAUGAAUACUCCUAGAGGUUCAGAGCCACAGCUUUUGCCUCUUUUCCCUUUGACAUCACCUAGAGUUUCAGAGUCUUCACCUUCCUGAAGAGGAAAAUAUGGUGAAGAUGAAGAUAAAAAAGAAGAGAUUGUGUUUGUACAACGCUAUAACUUGUGCUGCUGCUGUUGUUAUUGAUUAUGAUGAUGAUGGUGAUGAUGACGAUUUAGAUAGAGAGAGAGAGAGGAUCAAGAGAAUUGAUCACAUGGUGAUUUGGAAAUUUGAAUGAUUUUUUUCAACAAGGUAGAGAGCUUGGUCUAAUUGUAAAAUUGUUCUUCCUUACCAUGAAAUGGCAAGGCCCUUCUUUCUUUAUUGCAAUCUUUUUCUUUUUCUUUUCUACCUUUUUCCAUAAGUGAAAAACAAAAAUAAUUGUAUUGUCC